AUGACGAAUAAGAAUAAUACUCGCAUUAAAUUUCAUCGUGCUCCUUCGGUCAUCUUAUUGUCUGAUGAUGAGAGUGAUGAUAAUGGAGUUGAUAAAAACACACAAACACAGUAUUCAACACCAAUGGGAUUGGAAAAUCAAUAUCAAAUGGUUAUCUUGCCACUACUACCAGCAACAACUCAAAUGCAAUCAUUAUCAUCAUCAUCAACAUCAUCAUCACAGCGAUCAUUUCCACGAGAAGAAAUGAAACAAGAACAACAAGAAGAAGAAGAGGAAGAGGAAGAGGAAGAGGAAGAAAAUAUUAUUGAAAUGAAUACUUCAGUUUCUCCUAUGGUAUCUCCCGUUGGGCUUAGUCAACCAAAUUAUUUACCAUAUACAAUAAGUUUGAAUAAUCAAGAACGUCUGUCAAUUUUACCAACAUAUCCGAACACGAACAAGAAUACUGAAUCAAUUCUACUUUUGCUAGCCAAUGUACCAAUCAAUCAUUUGUCUCAACAAGAAUUGCGAAAUCGUCGAACCGGUAGAUAUAAAGCUUCAUUUUCUAUCCUAGAUUGUAAUGCCUCUUCGAUAUCUUAUGUCGUUCAACAAUAUCGAAAGUUUUUUAUGCCAUUACUCGAUCGAUUACACGUUGAUCUAUCUAUUUUGGAUUGUAACUAUAUACAUUUAAAACGAUUUAUUGAAUUACAUCGUCAAGCAUAUAUUCGAACACUCGGUCAACAGAAUUCUAUGAAGUAUCAUUUUAAUUUACAAGAAAAUGAAUUUGCUCAAUUAUUAGAAUUUUAUCUACAGAUUGAUGUUGACCUGUUUUAUAUGAAAACAUGUUCAUUUCGUAGUGCACAACCACGUUUCAAAGAGGAAGGCCUAUUCUGUUUGACUGUGCCAGAUUGUCAUUACUCCAUGGAACGUUGUAAUAAAUGUAUACUUUGCCAAUCAUCUAAUGGAAAUGUGAAUUAUCAACACGAACAAGAACAACAACAACAAUCAUGUCCAGUACAAUUUAACAUGCGCCGAAGACAUCGUUUUGUGAAUGGCUACGAAUCGAUUUUGAAUUGCCCAGUGUCAUGUGACACAAACAAUAUUAUUUAUGUACUUACAUGUCCAUGUGGUAGUUAUGAUUAUAUUGGUGAAACAAGUGAUAAUUUACGAACACGUUUACUAUCCCAUAAAUGUUUCACACAUCGACUGUUAUUGGAAAAAGUGAUUGGAGAAAAGAAUUAUAUACAUUUCUAUGGAGCUAAAUCGCCACAAAUGAAUGAAAAAGAACGUAUGCGUCUUUACCAACAUUCCACGGGCUGUCCAAGUGCCAUGCAACGAUUUUUAGAUAAAAAUCCAGAUUUCUGGACAUUCGUACCAAUGCUAAAUGAAGAAGCAAAUUAUGAAAAUAUUCAUUAUCAACAAUCAUCAGUAUUAGCAACAGCAACAACAACCCAAGAAGUACAAGCAUGUGUUGGCAAUGUGCCAAAACCACCAUUAGGAUACAAAUUUUCGAACUAUCAAAUAAAAAAACAGCAUGCUUUCUUUACAAUGAAACUUUAUCGAAAGGAAGUCAACUAUAAUUUUAUCGUUUACAGUGCAACGAUUAUUACUGUCUUACCACUCAAUACAUCAGACUUAUUUCGUCGAAUCGUUCAUUCACUGUUGGUUACACAUGCUGAAACCAAACUAAAUACAUUGGGACAUAUUUUCACAUAUUUUAGAAGUGUUCCUAUCAAUCAUAAGAUAUGGUGUGCAGAUCUUCGUUAUCGUCCUACGCCUCCUAUUACAACAUUAUCCUCUGGAAUGUCAGUGAGCAAUCAAUGA